AAGAUACAACGAUAAGAACAUAGAUAGGUACAGACAGAUAACGGGUAAAAAAGGAAGUAAAGAUAAUAAAGGUCUUGAUUUGCUUGCAUAAGAAAGAGUAUAAGAAAAUAAUGGGAAUUAUCACUGUUGAGAAAAUACAUAACCUGUAUGAAAUGAGAGAUGGCUUAUUGUUUUGCUUGCUAGUACUCUUGUUGGUCCUUAGAUCCACAUGUUCACCACGAACGCACCAGAAUCAUCACCAACACCUGUUACAACACCCAGAACAAGAACAGCCAUUACUCAGAGGGUGCUUCACCACUUUACUACGUACACCCAGAGUAUAGAAACGGCACGGACACAGACAAACCCGGAUCGGAAUAGCUGCUUACGUCACCACUUUCUUAGUAUUUU